UCUUGAGCGACCUUUGUCUCCCUCUGGCAUAUCGAUGGAGUGAAUGAAUUCGAAGGUAGUACUGGAACCGGACUCCUUGCUCGCUGUUUCAGGCUACAUUUUGGAAAGUGAGGUGUAGGAGCUCCUGCCGUUUGUGCUGCAAAUGGAAAGCGCAGGUCACCGCGGGCUUUGCUAUUAGAUCGAGACUUUGAUCACUUCUGACAACAUCCAUUCGUCCAAAGUACGCCCCAACAUGUUACGCACUUACUCAGGCCAGUCUAAGUCGUUUAUCCUCGGAGUCUUCUAGUCGCGCUCAGCAAAACGCCCUGCCAGCAAAAGGCACCUCGCAACAACGCAUCUAGUUGGAAACAUCUAUUUCCUCCUCACGGAUGCGACCAUCUCGUCGAAGCACAGAGUACUUCGUUAGCGCCAAGCCAAACAAGUCGUGCCACAGCGCGAGCCCAUUGCGCACUUCGUUACCCAGACACCUAUCUGCCCGAAACAUCAAAAUCUGACAUACAAAAACAUGGGCAACGAAGCGUCGAAGACAGACACUCAACCGAGUAAGGAGAUAGCUGAGCUGCAACCCGUAUGGGCGAAGAUUGACGAGUGGCUGAACCGGGAGCCGCUUACCGAGCCUAAUGGAGCUGCAGAAAGGCACAAUGCAAUCGAUGCCGAGCACCUAGAGCCUGUGGAUUCCGGAGACCCGCAACUGACUCAGGAUGAGAUUGGUCCGGCAAGGAAUAAACAAGCGGCACCAGCAGCCUCAUCAGACAGCGUAUCCUUACGCGCUGACGACCGUAUCGCGCCGCGCACACAGACCCAACGCGACGAAGCUAGGAAGCUGGCUCUUGGCAAGCAAGCACAGCUGAUUGCAAAACAGCGUGCGAAGCAAGUCUCAACGACUGAAAAGGAACAACCAGGUGAUUGGCAAACGAUACCGUUAGAGGAACAGUCGUCAAGAAAAUCGCUAGCUUCUGAACGCUCCAAUGAAGCUUUCAUCGAAGUUCGGGAAGCGGAUGCUCUUGCUGGCUGGAAUGCGAGGAAACAGCGUCGUCCAGCAAGCUCUACUGCGAUUGACACCAACAGCCGGAGGCCAGGCCUCGCUAGCGACAGGAGCAUCUUGCGUGACGCCUCGGCCACUGCUAGUCGAACCAGCGUACAAGCCGCAGAAGAUGUUUUACAGGCAAACACGAGAGCAUUUACAAACGUGCGAACUGACUCCGCAGCUGCUCGGCCCCUAGGGUCGAAGCAGGUCGCAGACGACGGACCAACUAUCUCGAACAACAACAACAAGCGCACUGCAUCUGCACCAGAUUCACACAUCUCAGGUGGACGAGACUUCCAAGGCAUACACAUUAAGAAGCGACCACGCGCGGAGAUGACUUCCCUAACCUCUCCCAUUUCGCCACCGGCCACUUCCUCAGAGGCUGACCUUCGACCGCCGGAAUGGUACGCCAAGCUCAGCGCCUCGACCAAACGAGGCACAGGAACGAGCAAUGCAGACACACUCCUCCAGCGUAUCAAAGACCAGAUAUCGAAGCUUAAGAGGUCCGGCCCAAAUGUAAACAACUUAAAGGAAAUGAACGAGCUUCGAGACAUGCUGCAUGAGGCGCCAUUCCUCGCGAUGGGGCCCGCUGGUGCCCAGCUCGUUCGUAACAAGCGAAUGCUGCAUAACGAUGACGGUCUGCCGCAGCUGUUCGAUGAUCGGUACGCUGGCAGUAUGGCAGGGCAUUGGCCAUGGGACGUAAAGUCCGAUGCAAAGGAGCUAUAUUACAGAUGGUGCUCAAAGAACUUCGAUGACAAUUUGCUACACGGCAUCAUUACAUCACAGAAGGGCAAGCAUGCGGAAGACGACCGGUCAGCAGAUCAAGUGGACAAAACGUGUCAAGUAUCGUCCAAGUAUAUUGGAAAUGGCAAAUUGGUCAAUGGCCAAUGGUGGCCCACACUUCUCUGCGCCCUUCGCGAUGGCGCGCACGGCGACAGUCAAUCUGGAAUCUCAGGUGAAACCAAUGUCGCCGCAUAUUCGUGCUUCAUGAGCGGCGGCAAAAAUCACAUUUACGAAGACAAGGAUAUGGGUGACGUUGUUGAGUAUUGCGGCCAAGACAGUGACAUCCCCGGCCAGGUCUCGCGCGGCACGUCUCUCCUGCAGAGGAACGUAUCCGAGAAAGUGCCAGUCCGCUUCAUCCGCUCUUACAAAGUCAAUUCGAAGUAUGCUCCUUCGAAAGGCUUCCGCUAUGAUGGCCUAUAUGAUGUCGUCAGCUCUGAAUUGCUGGACGAAUCGAAGGGAAGGUACAGAUUCAAGCUUGUCCGGCGACCUGGUCAAGGCCCAAUUCGAGGUGGGAAUGGACCAGAAGCUCGACCAACCAAGCAAGAGGUGUCGCGUUUCGAACAAGACAAGCGUUUCAGGGGCUAUGGUAAGGACUAGGGCGCACAGUAUGUGAUCAGUCAGACAUAGUAUUACCAAGUUGCACAGAGAUGGAGGACAUGACACGCAGUGGAAUGACGAGGAAAGCACGAACCUUCGUGAAGUAUGCGGCUCUGGGCCGCCCGAGACGGACUUCGAAUGGGACAGAUGCUUGGGCCCAGGAAAUAUAUGGUUUGCGUUGCAAACUGAUUUCGAGAUACCCCAAAAGAGUACUAAAACUUGAACACAACUUCA